AUGCAGACACCAAACCCGAAAAAGGAGCCAGACCGGAUACACGGCCUGCAGCGAACUACUAUGUUUGAGAAGCUCCUGCAGGAGGUAUACAGCCACGAAGAGUCGGAGCACUCCAGACCUCGAUCGAUCGAAGAAGUUUUGCAAGUGAGCAUUAACCCUGACAACGGGGGGGAUCCACUUCUUUUCCCAUUCCUCCUCCUCGAGGCAAAGGGUGAAAAGGGACCAGAAAAUUUCGAGCACAUGGAGAUCCAGACUUCAUUUCCAAUCAAGCAUGCUCUCAAGCUCCAAUACGACUUGCUGAAGACCCGCGGGAAUACAAUGGACGUCCCGGGAGGACCACUGAUCUGGUUUCUGGCGAACCGUGGCGAGGACUGGAGAGUAUAUGCUGCUUUUGUUCACGAGGAAGAUGGCAGACCAAACUACUGGAUCCAGCAUCUCUGGGGUGGAAAUAUCACCGGAUUAGAUGGGGCUAUGCAGUUGGUCCUCAUCGUUGACUACAUCCUUGACUGGGCUCGCGACAUAUACCGGCCCAACAUCCUUCGACAGCUCAAAAUGCUGAGUUCCUCAAAUAUGAACGAUGCAAUGACCCUCGGCUUUGACCCAGACAUCUACUCGCUGGCUGGGGAGGUUCAGCCCUGGAUGGAAGAAGUGGAAGCACAAAACUUUGAGCUCAUGCCUGACGAGAUGCUCAGUCCCCCACAAUCAGACGCAGCAUCAGUCACGCAGGACGAAGAGCCACAUGAUCCUCUUGCUCGGUUCAGAACUCACCAUGGGCUUGUCCGGGACGGACGAUAUAUCGAGUCCCGUGUCCGCGCCCUCUUCCUCACUGCCGACAAUGCCCGCACCUUCUUCGAAGACUUCGACAACCCAAAAAAAGCCAUGACGCUUGCUCGAUCUAUUCUAGCAGCCCUAAAUCGCCGAUGUGUAGUUCUUGAAAGUGGAGAAGUGCUCAAGUACAUUGAAGACAAGUGGACAGGGACUGAGCAACAAAGACCGAGUCUUGCUCGCAAGGAAUCAAGGGUUUACGCUCAAUUUCGCGUUUCUUACUACAUCAAUCACGCAUGGGAGCAAGUCCGCGAAUUGACGUACCUCGCUGCAUCAGAAGACGCCCGAGAGAUCUUAAUCGAAACGGCCGAUUUCCGCAAAGUUGUCAGACGCCGUUCACGCUUCAACCCUCCAAACUGCUCAACGGAAGACAUGCUCGGCACUAUCGAGCGCCUCCUAAAACGCAGCGUCCGGCAAGACUUCGUGGCAGCUUUGGCACGGCGCACUUUCAUGCUGGAUAUGGAGAACACGGGUAUCGAUCCUCUAUCUCCCCGCGACGAAUUCAUCUCCACAUCCGCCGGUCUGCUUUUCAAGAUGGUCCUGAAGGUGGACAAGGACAAGAAAAGCCCCGGCGUUGCAAUGCAAGAACUUGUUCACGCGGUCUACGAAAAAUACCGCAUCGGGAAGCGCGAACCCUUAGAGCCCUUCCUGCGAGUAUCAUCCCGAGUUGAUCUCGAUGGCCGUCCGCUUUGGCGCGACUGGAAAGCAGGCGACGAACUCCCGAAGGAUGAGAGCCAUCUUGAUAAAGUCCUCGUCUGUGCAGAUGUUAUGAACGCUCCAUUUCUGCCUAAAAACUCAGAUCAGAAACUCUGCUUGUUCGUUCUGGAUGGCAAGAGUGUGGCCGAACCAUUCGACAUCACGGCUAAACUGUUGUGGUUUUUGUUUAAGAAUGAGAUAUACGGGACGGUUAGGAAGGGGAGAGUGUAUAAAACUAGGGUCAAUUGGAGGGAUAAUCGGGCGGAGCACUUUUUCAGGAUGGAGAAGGCAGGGGAGUUGUUGAAGGUCUCCGCGGUGGAGUUGAGGGGUAGUAUCUUUGAGUGGAUCAAGGGUAUUAAUUCCCCUCCAGAGAGUCUGGAGUCCGAGGCUUGA